AUGGAUCCCCAGUGGCAGCAGUCCUAUGCUGAUUCCCCGGGUGCAUCCCAGCGACACAAUGGCAUGCCGCACCAGCAGCAGCAACAACAACAAAUGCCCCGCGACUACGCGCCCCAGCAUCCGCAGCAGUCGGCUCCACCACCGGCUGGGUACAAAUAUGACCAUUAUGGAACCCUGUCGGUCGGCGCCUCGACACCUGGUAGCAAUCCGGCAACGUCUCCAAUGGUGGUAGCUCCGCAGACUCGCGACGGCAAUGGUGAUGUCGCCAUGCACGACGCCGGGAUGAAGUACCCCAUGAGGCCUCAUCACCAGUCGCACCACUCCUCCUCCUCUGCCGCUCAGCGAUACUCGCCAAUGGAUACCCUGUCAUCCUCCUCUCCCUACGCGCCAAAGCCGCCGCAGUAUAGCCAACCUCCGCCUCAGCAACGGCAGUCUCCUUCGAAGCAAGGGGAGUACAUGCAGAGCCCGUACUAUGGUGGACGCCAGAGCCAGCAGCUACCUCCUCUCUCACCAUACUCGCCAACUCACGAUGGCUACCCUUCGUCGGCAGUAGCCGCCUUGGAUGCGUCCUAUGCCGCCGACCCCAAAUCCCCCCGUCGACAAGCGCCACCGCCGAUGCCUUCUUCGCGAGGACCGGUACCCGAGUUCAGGAAGAUCCGGGGCGCUAAUGAUUUGCGGCCAAAGAACAGCCAGCAGCCCCCGUUUCGCAGAGCGAACCCAGAAGGAGGUUUCAUCAGCCCUCUGCAAGCCCUGACUAGCCAUCUACCAGCCACCUAUCGCAUCUGUAAUCCUGAAUUCAAGUACGAAACAUCGCGGAACCCUCGACGAGUCUUGACAAAACCAAGCAAGGGGACGAAGAAUGAUGGCUACGACAACGAAGACAGCGACUACAUCCUAUAUGUGAAUGAUAUCCUCGGCUCCGAGGAGGCGGGACACAAGAACCGAUAUCUUAUCCUCGAUGUGCUAGGUCAAGGCACAUUCGGCCAAGUCGUCAAGUGUCAGAACCUCAAGACACAGGAAGUCGUGGCUGUCAAGGUCAUCAAGAACCGCACGGCGUACUUCAACCAGAGCAUGAUGGAAGUGUCGGUGCUCGAUCUGCUGAACUCCAAACUUGACAAGAACGACGACCAUCACUUGUUGAGACUGAAGGAUACCUUCAUCCACCGCCAGCAUCUCUGCUUGGUCUUCGAGCUACUGAGCGUCAACUUAUACGAGCUCAUCAAGCAGAACCAGUUCCGUGGCUUGAGCACCACGCUUGUUCGGGUAUUUGCGCAACAAUUGCUCAAUGGAUUGGCGCUGCUGAACAAGGCUCGACUCAUCCACUGCGAUUUGAAGCCCGAGAAUAUCUUGCUCAAAAAUCUUGAGAGCCCGAUUAUCAAAAUCAUUGAUUUCGGUUCAGCCUGCGACGAGCGCCAGACGGUGUACACAUACAUUCAGUCGCGCUUCUACCGAUCUCCCGAGGUGCUCCUUGGCCUACCCUACUCGUCUGCCAUUGACAUGUGGUCUCUCGGCUGUAUCGUGGUGGAGCUGUUCCUAGGAUUGCCUUUGUUCCCCGGCUCGUCCGAGUACAAUCAGGUCUCCAGAAUUGUCGAGAUGAUGGGCAAUCCGCCCAACUGGAUGCUCGAAAUGGGCAAGCAGUCUGGCGAAUUCUUCGAAAAGAGGCAGGAUGAGUUUGGUCGGAGAAACUACCAGCUCAAGAGUAUGGAGCAGUACGCAAGAGAGCACUCCACGAAAGAGCAGCUUAGCAAGCGUUACUUCACGGCCAAUACUCUGCCCGAAAUCAUCAAGACGUACCCCAUGCCCAGAAAGAACAUGAAACAGAGCGAGAUCGACAGAGAGAUGAGCAACCGCAUCGCCUUUAUCGACUUUGUCAGGGGUCUGCUUACGAUCAACCCGCUUGAGCGGUGGUCGCCCCAACAGGCCAAGAUGCAUCCUUUCAUCACACAGCAAAAGUUCCAAGGCCCAUUCGUGCCACCCAUGAACUUGAAAUCGAGCUCGCUCAAUCGCUCACCUGCUCCGGGCACCCAGCAACAGCAGCAAGCUGAGGCUUUGAGUAAGCAAAGGGCCCAGGCAGCCCAGGCCCAGGCAUCGACCGCACAAGGGGCAUAUGGACCCGUGCCUGGAGGCCAAUACCCUCCGUCGGCUCACCCGCAGGCGCCAGUGUAUGUCAGCAACAACGUGUACUCACCCGGCGGCGGCAACAUGCCUCCUGCCUAUGGCGGUCAACAGAACCAGUACGGUCAGAUGGUCAUGCCGCAGCAGCAGCCGCAACAACCGCAGCAAAUGCAAGGCGGUCAAUAUGGCAACAUGCCUCAACCAAACGUGUACCAACAGCAGGGCAUACGGUCCAACAGACAGCGUGCCUCGACUAUGGAGCAACAGCAGAGCGGUAUCCCGGCCGCUAUUCAGCGUGUUGCUAGCCACUUGGAUCCCAGCCACCCCAUUCGCCUGCAACCGAGUCCGGCGUACUAUCCGCCGACCGCGGAUGGAUCGCAAGUAGUGGACUCUUCGAGGGGUGCCCAGCGAAGGACGAGCAGGACUCAGCAGGGCAGCCGGAGCAAUCGCGACUUCAUACGAAACCUGGAGGAGCGAACACUGGAGGAAGGCUUCAUGGGAGGUAACCAGAAUCCAUGGCAUUGA